GUUACGUACAUACAAAUAGGUUUUUCUGAGAAAAUGCCAACCCUCGCCUGUUUUUUAGACAUAGAUAACGCGUACAAUAAUGUGUUGGUAGAAAAAGUUGUAACUACAUUAGAUGAUUUGUCGGUAGGUUCUAAAGUAUGCAAUUACUUGUGGAAAUUUCUUACUAGAAGGAAGCUUAAAAUUAAAAGUGAUAGUUUGACAGAUUGUGAAAGGUGGUGUAGAAAGGGACUAGCUCAAGGUGACCCUAUGUCUCCUUUGAUAUUCAAUAUUGUUACUCAUAAAAUAGCUAAGUUUACACAAAAUGUAAUGUUGUCUCAAUAUGCGGAUGAUUUUGUCAUAUACAAAAGGUCAUGUAACUUGAACGAAAGUAUAAUGAGCGUACAAGUGUCACUCAGUGAAAUAGCAAUUAAGUUAGAAGAAAUAGGAUUAGAAAUAUCGAAUAGUAAAACUAAAGCUUGUUUAUUUACUAGAAGACGGAAAAUACUGCCCAUUAAUCUAACUCAUGGAAAUAACUUAAUAUGUUUAGUGGACAAAAUAAAAUACUUAGGUUUCUGGUUGGAUAAAGCAUUACUAUUUAGCAGCCAUAUAAAUGAAAUUCUUGUAAAGAUAUCCAAAUACGUUAAUAUAUUGAAAGUUCUGUCCGGGCCGACGUGGGGUGUACACCCUUCUCAUUUAAGGAGAAUUUAUAUAGCGCUAAUUCGUAGUAGGAUGGACUAUGCAUGUUUUUUGUAUGACUGUAGUGCUAACUCCCACGUAACGAAAUUAGAUAAGCUUCAGAAUCAAGCCUUAAGAGUAAUAGGUGGCUUUAUAAAAACUACUCCGAUUCAUGUAAUGGAGUCUGAGUUAACUAUAGUACCUUUACAUAUACGUAGAUCUUAUUUGGCUUACAAAUAUUGUCUUAAAUGUUUAACAUGGACCAAUAAUAAAACUGUUGAAUUUCUAGAAGUACUUGAAUUAUCUUCUAGAUGUAGGUACUGGCUAAGGAAAAAAUCACCAUUGCUUGCAACUGUUUACUCCGACGUAAAGCAUGAAAGGAUAUUUACCUCAAAUCCCCUUAAAAUGUUCAGUCUGGAUACUUGGGUUUCUAAUAUUCGUUUCAGAGAUGUAAUUCGUACUAAUUUAGAUUUAGUGCAAUGUGCAAAGAAAUUAUACCAUCCUAGCGAUAUAAGAAACAAUGUUUUAUUGGAACUAAGUGAAAAAUAUGGAGAUUGGCACAAAGUCUAUACAGAUGCAUCAAAGACUGAAACUAGUAUAGGAGCCGCAUAUUUUGACCCAGUGUUUAAAACCAAAAGUUGUUACAACAUAAUUUCAGAAAUUUGUAUUAUGUCGGCGGAGUUAUUUGCGAUCUCAGAGGCGAUAUCUUAUGCAAUUAGUUUAAAAUGCAGAAAUAUCGUCAUUUUUACAGACAGUAAAAGUGCUUUGCAACAUGUAGCUCGCUGCGCCUCUGGAAACAGAGGUACAGCGAUAGCUUACACUGUGCUUGAUAAAUUGUACACUUUACCUACUGAUAUGUCUUUGAGACUUCAAUGGAUCCCCGCACACAUAGGAUUGAGUGGAAAUGAGGAGGUUGACAUUUUAGCCAAAGAAGCCUGCACAAUUGGAUCAGAAGUUUACAUUACUCCAGACUUUACAGAAAAAUUACAUACAUACAAUAAGAAAAUACGUGGGAUAUGGAAAGUACACUUUGAUGAGCGUUGUAAAGAAAAAGGUAUAUGGUACAGGACUAUGCAGUGUGAACCUCCUCAUAUUCCUUGGUUUAUGAAUGCUAGGUUAAGUAGGAAAUUAAUUAAGAUAGGAUUAAGACUUCGUUCAGGACACAUUCCUCUGAAAAAGUUCGCUUUUAUGAUGAAGAAAGUGCCAUCCCCAAACUGCGAAGCUUGCAAUGUUGUAGAGGAUGUCCAACAUGUAUUGGUGGAAUGUGUGCGGAACGAAGGUAAUAGACAAUUGUUAAUGAAGUCACUAAAUCUUAAUAGGUUAGAUGUAGGCGUAUUUCAAAGCAUUUUGGCUGCACCAAUCUCUGAAGAGGCAAAGGAGAUAUAUUUAUUUGUGUAUAAUUAUAUUAGUCAGUAUACUGUCAGGCCGUAGAUGAUUGUAAUUUAGUUUAAGGUACGAUGGGACUGGCGUAAUCUUAAGAUUAAAAGUCCCUAAAUAAAUAAAGGAUUUA